AUGAACGAAGUGACAGGGUUGGACUGGUGCCGCGCGGAGCCUCUGAAGCUGGCCACCAGCUCGGACGACGAGACCGUGCGAGUCUGGACCAUCGACCCCGUUCGCGUCAGACACCGCUCGGCCUCUGCCCCUGUCGUUGCCGGCGCCGGUGCUUCCGCUCGAUCAUCAGGAGCGUUGGGCUCUGACCCGGACGCCGCCGCCGCGGCGGCCGUCGGAGGAGGUUCUUCCGUUGGCGCGGUCAGCGGUGGCGGCGGGGAGGUGCGCUCGUACCCGUGCCACGGCAAAUUUGGAGAGGGCGGCGCACGCCGCGGCGAAAGCUCGCUGUGGAGACGGAGGGCCCCCGUGGACAAUCGUGAUGGUGAUCAGCACGCUCAUUGUGGUGAUGAUCGUGGGCCUCUUGUUUCCCGGGGUGAUGGGUCCGGGGGACAGCAGCAAAUCCGGGCCGCCGGCGUGGACAGCCGGCGUGAUGGUGACGGCGGCAGCGGCAGCCGGGGCCAGGGCCACCAGAGUCACAGCCGCGGUACGGGCGAGAGGAUGAAUGCGGCGGCUAGCGGCGGUGGCGGCAACGGGGGCGGCGGCGGAUCGACCGCCGUGUUCUCUCCCUGUUCGCCCAAUAUGCGACCCGGGGCUUCUUCUGCAAGGCCCGCGGAGACGGCUGCCCGCGCCAAGGGCGGCGCUGCUGCUGUCGGUGGAGGUGGUAUCGCCACCGCACCCGCGCAUGACGACACCUCGCAACUGUUUCAAGCUUCGUCGAAUAGCGAGACGUCCUCUGGAGCGGACACUAUGGACGAGAACAUGGGUAUCCGGAGGGUUAUUGGCGCGUCUGCGGAGCCCCCACCCCCACCAACCACCGGCUCGGACGUGGUGGCUGUUGCGAAAGGGCACCAGCAGGAGACGAGAGGGUCAAGAAAAGGGGGUCGUCGCGGAAUCAUGGAGGGACUGCCCAGGGGGGUGUCCUCGGCCGCGUGGCACGGGAAAGGCUUCCCUGAGCCAGAGCGAGGGCGUCGGCCGCGGCAACACCCGGACGGGGUGGAGCAGCAGCAGAGGCCGGAAGCUACUGGUUCUCGGAAGAAGGCGAAAAAGGGGGCCUCCGGACAGCAGUUGUCUCGGGAGAGUCACACCCUGAUGGCGUUUUGGUGCCGGGGACGGGGGGGUGCGUCGAGCGGUGCGGGGCAGGAAAAGGCGGGCUCGAGCUAAAGGCUCUUCGCCAAGGAAAAACGAAAUGAUGGGGGAGUCUUUUGGUGUGGUGCGAUGUGUGCACAUUUUUUUUUUCUUUUAAGCCGAAAGUGGGGGGUGGUUUUCCUACAGCAGUACUGCUCAUGCGUUGAUGACAGGUAGGUGUGGAGAUUUUCGAUGCAUGAUUUGUCCCAGUGUUUACCGAGAGGUCAGGGCAGGCGCGGUCGCGUGUGUUUGUGUGUGUUUAGUCCAUCAUUUCUCGGUGUGUAAGUUUGACGUGUCAGCCGGGGUUGCAUGGGAAGGUCGCACAGGAUCGUUUUUCUUUCGUUGUUUCUUUGCCCAAUGUUCCACGCGCAGUUCUUCUUGCCUCAUCAUUUAGUUCUCAUCGCGAGAAGUUUGCCAGCUCUGAAUCGAGGCCAUACCUGUUGUUUUUUUUUCGCCGUGGAGAAGAAGACACCCUUGUUCCGAUUCGCGUUUCUUUUUUAUAUAAUUGCUCGUGGUGGACCUGCAGCGAUAGGUUUCGGGGCAAAGGUGCUGAUUGUCUGAGGUCUAGUUACCUAACCCUAACCCUCACCCUCACCCACGGCCAAAGCACGGCCUAGCGGCCACGAGCUGGUCGAUAAUGCGACUGCGCCGGGUGCUCGGAAUGCGGAACGGUGAGAGGGCGCUGGAGAGGGUCAAGGCUAGGAACCAACGCGGGACCAAUCUGAGGGCGUGAAACCGCUUAGGAAGGAAGAGUCACUAACACGUUGCAAAAAAAAAUAAAUACAGGAUUGUCUCUUUGUGUCACACCCUCGCCCCUGACGGCGGCAGCCCAGCACACGCCGGGANCAACGCGGGACCAAUCUGAGGGCGUGAAACCGCUUAGGAAGGAAGAGUCACUAACACGUUGCAAAAAAAAAUAAAUACAGGAUUGUCUCUUUGUGUCACACCCUCGCCCCUGACGGCGGCAGCCCAGCACACGCCGGGACGGACGUUUUUUUGUUUUGUUUUUUCUUGUGGCGUGACUGCGUUUUUUUAUGGUCGUGUGUCGGUGGCGAAGAUAGAUGUGGCGAACACCUUUGGAGCCGUAAGCAUCUCCCUUCUUUUCGUCGUAUGGUUGACGGAGAAGAGAAUGUCGAAGUUCGUGAACGCACGACCUUCCCCUGCCAUCUCUUCGUCCCAACGCGGUAUGACACCUCUCAAGGCGCCACGCCAAGUCUAUGUCCUGCACACCUCGUACGUUGACUUGUCUUUCUGGUGAGAUUUUUCGCUAGUCUCUUACGUAGACUAGUCUACGUUGUUGUCGGUGGUGAUUACGUGUUUAUUGGCACCCGACUUUUUUCCUAGAUAGAACACGUUGCGUUGUCAAAGUCUGCAGGCCUACACCCGGUCGCAGUAAGGACAAGUCGUGGAGGAUUGUUUCUUGUUUCUUGUUGGUUCAAGGAUCCGUUCGAUGUGGUAGCUACGUUAUGGCCGUGGGUCGCCUCCGUCAAUCGCCGCCAUGGGCCGCCCUUGUUUUCUGUAGGACACAGGCCGGUUUUUAUGGAUUACCUGCAUCUGUAUGUUUGUUCGUGGUUUGAAUGUUGCCGCUUUGUACUCGAUGUCCUGGCACUGUGUAGACUAGACCUUGUCGCUCAUUC